AUGGCCCUAACGAUACGUACUGUCGACGAUAUCUUGUCAGACCUUGCCAAAAUCACCCUGUCUGACGAAGAUCGCAUGCGCAUUAUUGAACAUGUUACGACGCCCAAGCCCAAGUGCAGGUUCCUUGAAGAAUUACCUCUGGAGACUCGAGAGCUUAUAUACGGCUACCUACUUCUCAACCCCGAGUUCGGCGAUCCGGAUUUUUGCGAAGACUUCUCCCCCCUCUCGACUAGCAUUCUUGGAACUUGCAAGCAAAUUCGCGCCGAAGCCGACAAGGUUCUCAGUCAGAAAAAUACAUUCGUCAUAAACUUUGGCAUCUACCGCAAGAGUACUUUGAGAGAAGAACGUAUCUGGUCCCGGGGCUACGUUGUAUCACUCAGCCAAGAGGAGUCCGCCAGUACCAUGUCUUUCUGUGGCAAGAUCAAGAGAUGGAGAGUUGUGCUCGAUUUCAUGAGGAGAGAAGGCUGUGAAGAUCAAAGAGCAAUCAGGCUAUUUUGCCAUCGUAUCUUCAAUUGUAAAUUAUACUCGCUGGAGGUAUUGGUAAACUUGCCGAGAAAGAAAACAGGCCCAGGGCUCCACCAAACAACACUCAAGGAACUUUUGGAACCACUUCAAUCUCUCCGGAAUGUCCGAAACUUCUCGAUCAAAGCAAGAACCGACAAAGGCCAGAUUGACAAUACCACGGAAUUCCAGGGAGAUAUUGAGGCUUUGGAAACAGAAAUGAGAAAGAUCGCCACUGGAAAUACCCCACGUGAUGACACACUAGCAAUCCACAACGCUCUUGUACGCUAUAUCGCCGCCUUUGAAACUCAUGGAACAGUGCAAACUAAGAUGGAAGAGCUCUACUACGGUUAUGCGAUAUGGCCUCGCUUCUUUGAGAUCGAGUCUUCUAUAUUUGAGGAACGUCGAGGAUAUAGCAACUUACUUGAUACUUACGACCCUCAAACCCAGUUUCUCGCACUUUUCAAUCGAUAACACCCUGUAGGCAGAGCCAUUCAUGCUUCAAAAAGGGCAUUACUACAAGAAGGACAAUUCGACUUUGGAGGAGCCCGUCGUGAGAUACUUCAACUUCUCGAGCCGAGAUAUCAAGGGAUUGUUGAAGCUUCAGUGGCAAUGGCAGAACACAUCAAAUUUAUGAAAAGAGAAAGGCACCACCUACUUCAGCACCCCGAUCCAACUCAACAAAAAAUGGUUUUCGCGGAAGCUCUGCUCUACCUUGAGAGGUUCGCACAUGCUCUUGGUGUUGGAAAUAUGCCAAGACAAAUUCAAAUACGCUGCAAAAUGGACAAAAGAGUGGCUUAUCAUUCUGGUUAUGGGUCACAUCUGGUCGAGUGCUUGGUCAAAGAUUUCGAGAACGGUGAUUUCUAUGAAUUUCCCAUGCGGUUCCGAAACGUGGUUGACUACCUGAACGUUAGGUACUUGGGGAUCCGUGAGGCGAGAAAGAAAUUGUACGAAGGAGAUGCACUCGCGCCCGUUUCUGGUAUUGGCGUUGGAGAGGUUCCGCAACUUUGUGAUGAGAUGGUGGCUUGGGAUGCUGGUGAACCACUUCAUGAACCUUGGUAUGAUGAUGAAGAUUUAUUUUGA